AUGGCCGUUGUGGUCCUGAAGGACGAUGGUGGUGAGCGGGCUUUCGGUCACUACUUGGCUCAACCAGAGCGCCGAGGUUUCUUCUUGAAGCACUUGACCACCGUGCUGGAAGCGUCUCGGGACAAACUCAAACUUAGCCCUGCUGGCCGAGAGGGUGCUGACGAUGUGAGCACAUCUGCACCUGUGGUCAAGAAGCUGCAACCUCGGCCACCUUCCCCAAGUUUCCCCUCCACCCCGAGCGGCCCGAGUUCCAGUGCUCUGAGCACGCGAGCCCCGGAUGACAGUCCCGAAUUUCUUAUCUGGAGAUCGAGGCCCGGUGUCACAGAGACCAGACCCACGGCAGCCACCAGGCCAUCUUCAAACCCAGUAGCUUCAGCAGAGGCCCGAGCGACAGGAGCUCAGCUAGAGCCAGUCAGGACGGCUGAAAGGCCAAAAAGGCUCCAGGAAGCAUUGAAGAGACCGGAGGUACUGAGGGCCGCCGAGCAGAUCGGCCUGGACCUCGAGAAGGACGAAGUGCUUCUUUGGCUGGCAGAGAGCGCAGCCGUCGCAGCCUUGCCAGAAGGUUGGGUAACGUUUGGCGAUGAUGAGGGGCACCCCGUGUACUACCACGAGAAGAAGAAGCUUGUUACGCGACAGCACCCCGCACACGCGAGAUACAAGAGCUUUGCAAAUCGAUUGCGGGGUUUGUACCAGAAGAUGUCUGAGACACAGGCUCUGCAUGGCGCCGGGAAGAUACGGGCACAUCUCGCAGUUGUUUUGAACGAGGCACUAAACCGGUGCAAUCGGGAGUUGCCGCCCGUCACCCCUGAGCUGCUCGAGCGAGCUGCGCUGCUUCUCGGGGUUGAUACGAGCUCGGAGUUUGCACUGAGCACAAAGGUGAAGAUGGCUAUGGACUGGUUUGUCGAGGAACAGUACGACAUCUCUUUAGCUACAGGUAUCAAGGCUGAUAUCGAUGCCUUCGUCGCACAUCUUCGGCACGAGCAGAUCCAAGACAUGAUGUCCCAGCCAGACGGGAUUAUCAUGUGCUCGGAGCUUGAUGGCCUGCCUGCAACGGUCAAGUGCGAGGAGUGCAUGGACUUCUUCAGCAUGGAGGGAUUUGCUCGAUGCCACUCUUCCGGUAAACGCCGGCAGCACCGUCCACUCAAAGUGGAGCAGUGUGCAUGCUCGGUGUUUCCGCAGGAGUCUGCGACGUGUGAGGCGAAUGGGCAAUUCUUCUCUGAUCGUGGCUAUCGCGAAGCCAUGAAGCGCAAUCCAAGCUUGGGCCUGAAACACUGUCGGUUUCUGGAGGGCAUUGCCUGCUCCGAAUAUCCCGACAAGAGAGCCGAAGUUCUGUGCGAGGACUGUUGCGACUUCUUCUGCAUCGAGGCCUUCUGGGAACGCCAUGGUCACGGCCACCGACAGCAGCACGUGCAGCUCGCUAUCGACGCAGAGAACCACUUGUGGCGGAUGGGGCAGAAGCUUCCCCACGAAGAGGCCAGUCGUAUUCUGCACAGAGCUCGACGUGCUCGUGAGGGCGGGCCGUGGCUGGCGUUCCGGGACGACCAGCUCACUUCGUAUUGGUACCAUUUGCACGACAAAGUCGUCACUCAUGACAACCCCUACCUUUACUUCACAAGGAUCAACGGCAUGCAGAUCGGCACCUUCCAGGAAAAGGGAGUCGGCAAGCCUCAUAUGGAGGAUCGGCUGAUUAUUCGAAACGGCAUUCCUGUCGAAUCAGUGGGUGCCGGCUGCAAGAAGAUAGUCGCUUCCUUGUUCGGCGUAUUCGACGGUCACUCUGGUGCAUCUUGUAGUGACUUCGUUGCGACGAAUCUGGACCGUGUCGUGUUCGAAUGCAUCCGGCAUCAAAACAAGCGAGAGGUGAACAGUGAUUUGGCCAUGCGAUCUGCCUUGCAAGCGGCAUUUCGCACGACGGAGCACAACUUCUUCCAAUAUGCCAACAGGCUUGAUGCGGGGCCUGCAGCAGCGUGGACGAAUGCAGGAAGUACGGCCUGCACGUGCACAUUCUAUGGCCCAGACGAGGAUGGUCGGCUGCGGCUGGCUGUGGCGAACGCGGGGGACAGCCGCGCAGUGCUGGGUCGCAAGGACUGCAGCGCAUUGCGGUUGUCUGAAGAUCACACGCCUGAUGUACCUGGUGAGCGCAAACGGAUUGAAUCCGAAGGCGCAGCAGUGGUGCAAGCAAGUGGCAUUUGGAGAAUUGUGUUGCCCAGCAAGAAGGGCACGGGACUUGCGGGUUUGUCCGUGUCGCGCGGAUUCGGUGACAUCGAGUACAAGACUGGCACCAACGUGGUGAGUGCUGUGCCUGAUGUUUUCCUUUCCGCGCUGGACUUGCGCGAGGACUGCUUUGUUGUCAUUGCCAGUGAUGGGGUUUGGGGUCCGGUAUCGGACGGGGAGGCAGUAAGGAUCGUGGCCGGUGCAUUGCGCGAAGGCGGAGAGGAGCCGGCGGCCAAAGCGGCACGACAGCUUCUAGAGAUCGCGCACCAAAGGGAUGGCCACGAUGACAAGACGGUUUUGGUCAUUUGGUUUGGCGAUCUGCCUUUGGCACCACCGGCGGCUGCCAGCUCAGACAAUCGUGGUCUCAUGUUGAGUGCUAUAACACUUUCAUCCUGUCCAGGAGCGACCCAGCGCCUAUCCACACAGUGCUGCUAG